UUUAUAUUCCACUAGUAUUCUGACAUGUGCCAUGCACAGGGUCGACUGCAAUUUAUGUCGAUUCUAAAUUAUUUCAAUGAAAUUUAUUUUUCGAAAUAAAGAAAAUAUAUUGCUCACAUGAUUUCUAAUACUACAAAUGAAAAAAAGCGAAAGUAAAAUAAAUAAUAUUUAAGUAACAGAAUAUAGAGUUAACAAUGUUUAUUUUAAUACCAAAUUUUUUGAAAGACUUCAGGGUAUACAACAUUUUUGCAGAAUUAUUCCCUGUUUCAAUAUUCUCCCUCUUCUUCUUUUCGCCGUCGAACAGCAAAAAUGGCCGACAGAGUCCACCCAUCAGCCAAGCCGGUCAGGAAUGGAACAUCCACUGCCACCGGCGCCGCCGCAAAUGCCCAACAGGUCAAGGCUCAGGCGCCUGGCCGCAUCCCCUACCGGCCAAGACCUGUGUAUGACCGGAGAACUGAACCCCGCCGCUGGGGCUGCCGGAGAUUCCUCUGCAUCUGUGGUCUCUGGUCCGUCCUCAUUCUAUCCGUCCUGCUCCUCCUCGCCGCCACCGCCGGCGCCACGUUCUACGUGAUCUACCGGCCGCAGCGCCCGGCGUUCUCCCUCUCGUCCCUGAAGAUAUCCCAAUUCAACCUCACCACCGCCCCCUCCGACGGCACCACCCGCCUCUCCGCCAAGCUCAGCCUCGCCCUCUCCGCCAAAAACCCCGACCCGAAAAUGAUCUACGCGUACGACCCGAUCUCCCUCACCGCGUACUCGGGUCAAGUCCCGAUCGGAAACGGGUCGUUUCCGGGUUUCGUCAGCAACCCGAACAACAUCACCAUCAUUCACUCGACGCUGUCGAUGCCCACGCAGCUACUGGAUUCGGAUUCGGUCUCGGGUCUGGAACCGGAUCUGAAGAAGAAAAACGGGCUGCCCGUCAAGAUCUCCAUGGAUACCAUGGUGCAGGUCAAGCUGGAGAAGAUGAAGAGCAAGAAAGUGGGAAUCCGGGUCACUUGUGAAGGGAUACGUGCCCCAAUUCCCAAGGGCAAAGUCCCUACGGCGGGUACAACUUCUGGUGCACAUUGUACUGUUGAUCUUAGAGUCACAAUAUGGAAAUGGACAUUCUAAGUUUUAUCCUUUUAUUUAAUUAUUUUGUUCUUUUUUUAUAUUAUAAAAACCCUUAAUUUAGUUUAAUCAACAAAAUGGAACAUG